GAUUCUCAAGGAUCGAUUCUUUAGUUGAGUUUUAAAGGCAGAAACGAUCCUGGAGAAUCUUUGCGCGAGAAUCUUUUCUCGAGAAACGUUUCUCUAGAAUCAUUUCUCGAGAAACGUUUCUCGAGAAACGUUUCUCCAGAAUCAUUUCUCGAGAAACGUUUCUCAAGAAUCGUUUCUAGAAUCGUUUCUCUGAUAUUCGGACCCACCCUAGCUCGAUUUGCUUUUUGACAAGGGUAAUCGCAGCAAAAAUUUUGAGCAGAAAAGGAACCGUAGAAGAAAAAUAAUCCAUCUACUAUGGCUAAUCAAAUCCUAGAUGCCGUUUCCUACAAACAAAAGUACCCAAGGUGUGUGGCUUUGUCGGCAGCAAUUAUGUCUCGAUUCAAUCUGACGACACCAUUGCUGGACUUGGCAAAUGAGCUACAUCAACGCCCAACGUUGAGAUCUAUGUUAAAUUUUGAUGAGCUGCAAGACCUGAUGCGCCAAAUGAAAUUCGAUACAGAUCUCGCCAAAGCCAGACGCAUCAUUGACAGAUUGAAACAAGCAACCCCAACGUUUGAUAUAGUCACUCUAGAUGGACGCAUGGAGCUGGAGUGGACUAAUACAAAAUUUGCGUGGUUUGUCCAACAUUAUGUCAGAGGAAUUUUCAUGCCUAAAAUGGUCCCAAAUGAUCAAAAUGAUCCCAACUCUCUGCCCUCGGAAAUCUUUGGAACAUGUCUGAUUGUUUUUGGGCCUCCUGUAUUGGACCAUGAAUACAAAUUCUUCAAGAGUACUAAAUGCCUCAUUGGAGACAGAACGCAAACCUUUUUUAAGGUGAAAUGUUCUCAACUCCCUGGUCUUCUGUCUCCCAGUGAAGAGAUCUUAAGCAAAGAAUGCUCAAGCUUGAAUUGUUUUUUGAACGCAUUUCUUCUGCUCGCUCGCCGUGAGUACACCAAAGCAUGUUACCAGUUGCUCAAAAACUGCAAGGGUGGGCCCCUGAAGGACCUUCUGUAUGAGCUUAACGUUAAUAGAGGCACCUACAGCCUUGAAAUAGAAUCAAAGUGGCAGGAAAGUAUUGUAAAAUACCUUAUGAGGAUUUUGGAUCACAACUGGAACACUGUUGCUCAGUGGUUUAUGGAGAUCAUAAGGGUGGAGACCGUGUUUCAGAGAUUAGCUGAGUGCAGGAAUGAGAACUGUGAUGUCAAGGAUGUCAACUUGACACUGCCACCUAACCUGGUGAGCUCUGAUAUUGACCAUCUGAUUGGGAUCAGGAUGUUUCAUGAGAGGAGGUGCUUCCAGUGCAACGGAACGCUGAUCGAAAAAAUGCUAAUCAGUCCUCAUCUCCUAGUCGUUGACUAUUCCACUCGUGGCGUGGCCCGGUGCCAGGAAGACUUUGAUACUAUCCGCAAUAGUGGAUCAUUGCCGCCAACGAUCGACUUGGCGGGCAUUAGAUUUGAAUUGUUCGGAGUCUUUGUCACCAAAGUGAGAAGCAUGAAGACCUCCAACAUGUUCUUAGAACAUUGUGAUUCUAGAUGGUGGCAAACAUGUGACCGGCCGACAAAACCCUUGAACCAUAGGGUUCCCUUCGUGCCUCAAAUAGACUCUUUUGAUUACCUUGUUGAUUUUGCCAUGUAUGUUCCUGAUAAUCCUUAGGUCCUGUUUGACCUCCAUAUUUUUGUACUCUCUCUCUCUCACACACACACACACACACAGUCACAAAUUGAAGUCCAGUUAUUUAACUGACAAUCUAACAACUUUCAUUAAUGACUAGAUUUUGUUCUAUUAUCCGCUAUCAUCACAAUGUUCUUAUUCAUUAAUAUUUAUUAUUAAACUGCUGCUGCUGUGACUUCUGUUUUUAAAAAGACAAGUAUUCUGAGCACUCAUGAGUGGUCCAGUAGGCUCUAUAAAAAAAAAAUAGCAACCUAUAUAGUUUUAAUGAUAGAAAAGAUAUGCCCAGUGCUUGUCUUACAAAGUCACGCAAAGUUCACUUCUCGUAACCAUGUAACCUUCAGAUUUUAUUUCUUUUAAUUUUGAAAAUUAUCAUAAUAAAAGG